UGAUAGGACCUCCUCAACAGCUGAGCAGCCAGCUCCCCAAUCGUCCCCUAAUCCCGAUUGGCUGGCUCGACCUUUUGGCACGCCCAGCCCUUGGGCCUUGAUCUUCUCCGGGCGUGUCAUGACGGAGGAAUUUCCCUGGCAACACGCCUUCCCGCCCUUCUUCACCCUCCAACCCCAUGAGCAGACCCGGGUCAAGCAACUCGAGGCGUGGCGAUCCAUGAUCCUGGACUACUGCCAAUCCCACCAAAUAACUCAGUUCGACGUUCAAGAAAUCGGGCAAUCCGCCCUAUUCCACAACAAGACCAUCCAACGACGAUUGUCCCCGGAAGACCUGCUGGUGGUCUUGGAAGAUCUCCGCUCCCACGGCCAUUUGGAGUGGGACGGACCGGCCAAAAGCCGACGUAAAGCCCACAUCUAUUGGCGACGCCCCGAGGAAUGGGGCUCGCUCAUCUAUAACUGGGCUCAAGCUCACGGAAUGACCAACACCGUGUGCACCUUGUUCGAGAUCACGCAGGGCGACGACGCCCAGGAUCAAGCUUUCCAGGGAUUGGAUCAGGACCUGCUGAUCAAAGCGCUCAAGUGCCUCGAGCUGGAAAGCAAGGCCGAGCUGUUUCCCGAUCAGGAGGGCGUCAAGUUCUUCUAG